AGCCGAGCGAAAGGAGCCAAUGAGCGAUGGUGGGGCUUAGCGUACCGUGGCUGAUGCGCCAAGAUAUCUCAGAGUCACAGUGAGUGCGGCAAAAAGAACACUGAAGGUCAAACUCCGUCCCUUCGACUCCACACCCACCUUUCGAACCUAUAACUGCGGACUACUGGGAAUUCGAUACCCAGGAUCACAGCUUCAACGUUGAUAGUAACAGAAACGAGCACAACCGCAAUCAUGGCCGACACUGAAGCCGCCGAGCGCAAGCCCCGCAAGUCCGUCGCCUUCUCAGAGGAAAACACAAUCGUCGAUAGCGAUGGGCAGGUCACCGAGUCGAAAGAGACCAACAGUGGUAAGUUAUCCGCUGAGAAGCAUAGCACUGGCUCCCCUGCGCUCGCGGAUGCCGAUAAGGACGUCGAGGAGGUCACCGAGAUGUUCGCCGACCUAGCCAAGAAGAAGAAGAAGAAGUCUAGCAAGAAGGAGGGCGAGGAGGGUGGUGACGCCGCCGCUGAGGGCGACUUCGCUGCGCUCAAGAAGAAGAAGAAGUCCAGCAAGAAGAAGGUCGAGGACGACUUCGAGGCCAAGCUAGCGGCAGCUGGUGGCGAUGCUGCUGAGGAGGAGGCACCUGCUGCCGAAGAAGACGACGUCCAGGAGGGUGACAUGAUCAAGGGCACCGGCAUCUGGUCGCACGACAACACAACUCCUGUCAAGUACGACAUGCUCCUCAACCGAUUCUUCACGCUCCUCCACUCGCAACAUCCCGAUCUCGCCGGCAACAGCGUCAAGAGCUACAAGAUCCCGCCACCGCAGUGCCUCCGUGAAGGAAACAAGAAGACUAUCUUCGCCAACAUCGCCGAGAUUUGCAAGAGAAUGAAGCGUACCGACGAGCACGUCACCCAAUUCUUGUUCGCCGAAUUGGGUACCAGCGGUUCCGUUGACGGCUCUCGCCGUCUCGUUAUCAAGGGUCGUUUCCAGCAGAAACAGAUCGAGAAUGUUCUCAGGAGAUACAUUGUCGAAUACGUCACCUGCAAGACUUGCCGUUCUCCCGACACAGACCUCUCCAAGGGUGAGAACCGUCUCAGCUUCGUCACCUGCAACAGCUGCGGAUCGAGGCGUUCGGUACAGGCUAUCAAGACCGGUUUCUCUGCACAGAUCGGCAAGAGAAGGAGGAUGAUCAAGACUUAAUGAGUUCACGUUUGCGCUUUACGAGUAUCGACAUGCAUUUGCUUGGCUGGGUUGGCGGGCGCUACGGAUGUCAUGGCGGUUCGCUCGUUCGGAUAACGAUACGGCUAUGGGAUGGUAUACGAACAGCCUUGUGUACAACAUCACAUAGGAGUGGCUCAUGUAUAUUCGCAUCACGACACAAUCAGAGGUUCACCGUCUGGUGGCUCUUACACCUCAGCCUGGAG